AAUUUAGUUGUAAGAAAACAUCAUAGUAAUUUUCGCUUUAACGUAGUAACAAUUUACUGAUAGGCAAUUUAACAUUUGCUUUGAUGUGAUUAACAGUUUUAGAGAAAUUACAGAUUUUAAAGACAACAAAAUAUAUGUAGAUGUAUUUGUAGUCACACACUGACUUAUUUUUAAAGUUACAAGACUGAUACUGCUUCCCCAAGCCAGAUUUUAGUACACCAGAAAAAAAAUACGUUUCAUAUAUCAGAAUAAGCGGGAAACAGUAAAAUUGGCGUCAGUGGAAAGCUCGAAAUAAGUAGACUAGUCUUCUGAAAGUGUUAAUAAUAUUGCAUAAUUAUUUUAUUAUCACAUAUUACCGGUCUUUAUUAUAACUUUGGAAGAAGUUUCCUAAAAACAUAAUGGAGAUUGAUGAGAUUAUUAACAGUGAAUUGGCUAACGAAUCGGAGCCAAUGGAAGUUGCAGAAGUUUCCAAUGAAUCUAGUUUUCUACUUUUUGCAGGUUCCUCGGUUAUAGAAAAUUCGAUGGAAAUUGGUGAUGAAGAACAGAAAAUUUCCAAUAAGAAAAAUAAAUAUGACAUAGCACAGAAUGAAAGUAACAAUGAAUGUUUUUUCUUAGGCCCAAAAGAUACUGACAACUCCAUUAUGCAACCAGAUGUUGAGUAUAGCCCGUCAGCGCCACUAUCUCAACACUUAAGAACAUUGUAUCCACCUGAGAGACUGGCUUAUGGUUGGGUUCAGAAGUACAAAGUAAAUAAGCGUAUUGCUAUAAAGUCUCUACUUGAAGUCAUAUUGCGCAGUACUGGCAUCCAUGAUCCACCACUUACUAUUACACCUCAAAAUGUUAAGAACUUGACUAUAGAUAUGUUUGAUGAUUGGAUUAAAAAGUCAGGUUGUCAAUCUUAUGUACAAAAUAAGGAUUAUCAACAAAAAAUACAUGUAUUUUUCGGAAGCAUAAUAAGGAAUAUGAUGUCGGAUCUUCAGUUACUGCAAAUGCUGCAAGGCUUAUUACAAGUAAUGCACAACUCUCUGUAUAUGUCUGCAAGAUUUUCCGCUAUCAUAUUUGAAACAAGUAUACCUUAA